AUGCAGAGGCUGCUGGGCCGGGAUAUGCAGGGUUGGUAUCGUCCUAAGGGAUGGAAGUAUCCUUGCUUGACUGGAUACCUGUUGACAAUCGCCUCCGUGCGGUUCGUCUGGCAACUGCCCUGGUGGUAUCCCAGUUCACGUACAACCAUGUCACCUAUAACAAUACUCCCAUGCUACAUCGGCCGUCGAAUUAUGCCAUCAGUCGAGUCGCCUUACUGGCUGCAUAGAACAGAACGGAUGAGCGAAAACAGGCUACUGCUGAUGCCUCCCUUCUUUAUCUUUCACGAACUUCUUCCCCCACCCUCCCCACUCCACUAA